CUGAAAGCUCACUUCAUACUACAUUAUGAAGGAGCCAAUUACAUGGCAAGUUACGGAAUCAAAUUGCGAACUUCAAGACGUAGUUGUCAACUUUGGUGUGACUGAACUUUACAAGUUUGCUCAACAGUAACUUCACUUCCCAGUUGUUUUAAUCACUGAGCUCUCGUCAAAGAAGUGCCUAUUCCUGGGAUCACAGUUACUGAAAAAAAUACUUUCUUCAACUUUUUCUUGAGCAUUCUCAGUCAAGCAUUAUUAUAUUGUUAUUAUAAGCUCUCUUUUGGAACUAUUGUCAACUUUUUGCACGAGUAACCGAGAUCACGUGUCAAUACAUGACUCAAUGAACCUUUGUUGCUCAACAACCUGAUUUUCAAUUACCGGUAAAUGUUUUUGUAUUUCCAUAGCAUAUAUACUUGGUCUUCGCUGUCUACUCAACUCUGUGUAGGGGCUUCCGAGACAUAUGAACCGAUCAACAAUAUCUGUUACCGUCUUUCUCGGUAAAUUAAACCUGUGCACUAUUUGGAAUGGUUUUGAACCCCAGUGAUUUUGUUACCUCUGCGUCUUGCAACACUCACACGUAAAAUUCCCCAAAGACACAAAAAAAUUCACGGCACGCAUCCUGUAGGAUACAAAGGAUGAUCAAUCGAUUUGAAGAUUUUUUGGUAGAAUAUCCUGUUUGUGUGAUUUCUGUAGCUGUUGUUUAAAGAUGUAUAUAUAUUUUAGUCUUUUUGUGCUUUAAAUAUAUAGAAGGACUAUAUUUUGAUUUCAGUAAACUGUAAUAAGAGUUUUGGUGUCUGUCUCCAGAUUUACUGUCUGGUUAAAAGGCCCAUACCAAGCACUUUCAAUUAAGGAAUCCCUGUUUUCUGAACUGGGACUCACUGGUUAUGAACAGGGACUCGUGCCUAUUCACAAGAUGAGUCCCUGGACUCACCAUAUACUAUUUGUAACAAAAUCACUGGAACCCUCUAACCAUUUUUCUACAAUCAUUUCACAGACCUCACAGUGCAAAGCCUUGCCCUGUUUAGUAAAAUGAUUCAGGUUCAUUAUGUUGCAGUUUCCUGCUUGGGAAAUUUCUGUACUUAUCAAUCAGAGCUUUGUGUCAACAAAUAUGUCUCCCAAGCAUUAUAUCAAAUGUUACAGACCACAAAAAAGAAAUAUGGAAAACUGUUAAGCUUACCUCGUCUUACCAUCUGUAUUCUCCGUGACAAUCCUCCGCCUUGGAUAGCCUUAGCACGGUAAAACAAUCCAACUUUUAUGCUUGCUCAUCACGAGGUUUUUGUCUCACAUUCUGCUAAACUGUGUCAGAAGAGUCGCUUUACGAGGGAAGCGAUCGAUUACUGAAGGCCGAUGGGUCGACAAAUAUACAUAACAACCCUUACAUGUCUUGUAGUGCCAUUAGAAAGCAAAAAUAUACCGAUUCCACGCUCCUAGAACCUACAGAAGCUGGCAAAUUUAAAACCGUUGCAAUCACUUUCAAAAUGGACGCCAAAAAGAAUGACCGCAAUGAGCAUGAGCAAAAGAAAAGUCCGCUGACCAGCACUCCACUCUCUUCUAGGCCCCAUUCCCUCUUGUUUUCUCCGUCUAAGAGUAUUUUAUUUUACGCCAGUACUUUACUGAUUGACAUCAAUCUGGCAAAUAUCGAAAGCUGUUGGUAAGCUCUGCGAUUUUUAUCAUUUAGAAUGGAAAGCAAUGCCAACCUCGCACACUUCACAAUCUUUGCAUCAAUGCAACGCGCGCGAGUAAUGCAUGAGAACCGUUUAUAGCCCGAUCUCGCGCUCAAGAGUAAAUUUACCUUUAUUCACCUUGAUUGUACGCAAAGGCAAAUUUUCGGAAACAUUGAUCAUGCGAUCUUGGACAUGGGUUAAAAAAAGAAAAAAAUUCGUCACCUGAAACGUAACGGAAACAAGAAAGAAUGGAAAUGUGAUAACAGAAAUGUGGCGGAAACACGAUCGUUCGUUUCCGUCGCGGAAACAUGACGGAACGCGUCCCGUCCAUGGAAAACUAGAUCACCAUGUUUCCGCAGGGCGGAAACGUGACGGAUAUAAGCAACUUCCCGUUUCCGUCGAGUUUACAAAAUACGGAAACACGUUAUUUCGUCCUGUGCAAUUAGAAUGGUCAGUUUAAAAGAAGCUCGCGUUUAACUUAACGAAAAGCAAUUUUCGGGAGACUUCAGGAUCCUGUUAUUAAAAGCAAAUAAGCCGCUGUGUAUUUUUUUUCUUGAUUCACUUGCUGUGAAAUCUAUAAUGACCGAUAUUAAUUGAGCGAUUAAAACUUUGUUCAAUGUCUACAAUAAACAAACGUUUAUGCAAAGCUUGGAAAUUCCCGCCCCUUUUUGGCUUGUGUCCGUCGUCAUUAAAUGUAAUUUAGGGGCAAUUUUACGGUGAUCAGUUCAGGCGCAGAUCCACACCGAUUUCCACCGUUUUACUAAAAUCGGCCAGAUUUUUGAUAAUAAAUAUAUUUUUAAUAAUAAAAAACUCUCCGAGCUGCAAUCUUGCUCCAUAUCCAACAUACAACAUGGAAGUUUACCUUGAUGAAAUAAUCCGCCGAUUUGCAACGAUCACCCAAGGAGAAUGGAACUGACAAAUAUCCUGUCUGAAUGACUUAGAAACGAGUAUGUCUAAGUGUCGCGGGUCGCGACUCGCGGGUAGAGGUCGCGUGUGCGGGUGCGGGUAAAGGUCGCGGGUGCGGGCGCGGGUUAGGGUCGCGGGUAAACAUAAAUCACCAAAUUCAACAUUAAAUUAUCAAUAAAAUAAAGGAAAAUUUGAUUAUGUUUCAAAGAAGAUUUGCAAUACUUUUUUUUUAAACCAAUGGUCAGAACGAGGAAGUCUAGUUAUUUAUAGCUAACUAAGGGCGAUACAAAGGAAAAAAUCACUAAAGAAAAAUCCACAUGCUUAAAACUACAUUGGCUAGUUAAAUUUGCACCAAGUAACCGAGAUACCUGCGAUUGGGAUUUGUAGGGGAGGGGAUUCAGGUUUUGAUAGAGAAAAGAAAAGUAUUUCGGGUUCAUGUUCUCUUUAAAGCUUGAAUUUAGCUUGAAGUAGUCAUUUUAUGUUGCUGUUUUGCAGAAUGCAUGACUUUUUCACAAGUCAAAGUUCGCCCUUUGCUGACCUCUAUAUUAUCUAUAUGUAGCAGCGAAGUGAAUUGAAAAGGGUGUGUAAAAAUUCAGUGCCAGCUUUAAACAGCCGAAACCCCAUCGGACUGAAAAACUUACUUUAAUUAAUACUUCUUUUUUCUUUUCUGAUACUUCUUUUUUAUCUUUUUUCUGCAACCCAAGACAAAUGAAAAUAUUUUAGGGGCAUAAAUGCGUAAUCUGCCACUUGGUUUUUGAUAAUUACCAUGUUGCGAGUGAUCAGCCUUAAAUAAUGUUUCCUCCAUGCCUAGUACAUUUCUCUCUUCAUUUUUGAGUAAUGGAAAAAUCAAAAUUUCGUCAAGAACUCCUCCUCUCCGGCCAAGACCUGAAAAUGGCAAGUGAAACGGGGGAUUAGCGCUGUGAUAGCUUAGACAUGAAAGAGUUAGAAAUAGCUGUUACAUUUAAGAAGACCAUAUAAUACUUCAAUUAGAACUUUUUUUGUUUUUCAACAACGAGCCCUUGAAAAUUAAACAAAAAGAAAUGAUUAAGUCCUCCAGCCACUGAUCUUACAAAGGUGGCUACUUCUUUGACAAAAACAAUCUCCCCUCCCCUUAAACUACAUUCUUGACCACCCUCUAUGUUUUCUCUCCCCUUCUUGACCCAUUCUUUAUUCAGUGUAAGCGUCCGCAGUGUCAGCUUAUGUGACAUGUCCACUUAAAAAAAGUGGUUUUCCAUGUAUAUAUAUGAAGACAUAAUUUGGUUCAUCGAAAAUACAGCUUUGAUUUUUUUUAUGAGACUUGCAUGUACUUACUUCCUCAGCAAAAAAAGUAUGAAUCGAUAGUUGUCAUUCGUCGUUCGUGCUCAAUUUUGGCGCGGUCGCACGAAAGAAUUUGCCAUCCUGGUAAAUCGAAUUUUUCCCACGUUACUGGCGGCUUGAUCACGGCAACAAUAUCCGUGAACGUGGGUAAAGCUCUCAUUCAUAGUUCUGAUUUCACAGAGUGACAAAAAGAAAGAAUAUUUCAAGGUUUACUUCGAUCGAUCGCAUUCUUUAUCCUGAUGGAGUCCGAUAGUUCCGUUGAGUUUUUGGGGGCCUUACGAUUAGCGCUGAUCGUAUGGCCUCCAAAAUAUGACAGCACGCAUUAACAUAUGUAUUAAGGCGUUUCUUAUAACGUCCAUUUACAGCAUGGUUAAGUUACGUUAUUAUUCACUUCUAUCGGAAUUUUUACUUACCCAGAAAACGUGUUUUAUAUGCAGUUCUUUAUUAGUUGUAUUCAUUCCCUGAAGAAGUCUCAGUAAGAGACGAAACGCGUCGGAAAUAAACGAAAAGCUUACAACUACAAGAAGUCUUCCUUUGCGCUGCUGACUAGUCUUCGUUAGAAAAGUUAAGAAAAGAAAUUUUUGUUUCGUUGUUUAUUUUAUCUCUUGGUUAAAUUUGGUGAUUUAUUUUUACCCGCGACACUUACCCGUACCCGCGACCUUUACCCGCACCCGCACCCGCGACCUCUACCCGCGAGUCGCGACCCGCGACAUUUAGACAUACUCCUUAGAAACCCAGCAAAGGGGACUUUUGGGAGUUAAAAUCCGAAACAUUUCACGAUACGUGGCGCAUAGGAGGAAGGCUGAGAAAGAGUAAUACAAAGCCACAGCGAGAGUGAAUUCCGCAGGAACAAUUCACAAAUCCAAAGGGGAUCGCCCAAGAAAGGAAUAUCAUUUGAAUCACUCAACGUGCAGUUAUACGCAAGUUACGUAUUUUAAAGGCCUUACAAUAGCUAUAUAGCGAUCUGUCACCAAGCUGCACAAAUUGAAUACCGACGCGUAUCCAAAUAGCCAUCGUAUUAAACCAGGGAGCCAGGUGGACCAGGCUCGAGACCAUUUACACCCGCCUUUUGCGAUCUCGCAGAAGAAAAAAGAAGGAACGAUGCCCACUCCAACAAGAAAAUCCGCCACAGCAAGCGAAGCUAAAAACGCGUUGGUUUUGGUGCGGAGGGGUCGAUUGCGGCCAACAAGCAAUAUAGUGAAGCAAGAGACAUUAUGGCUCUUGAGUGAAGCCAUUUCCAGUUAUCGACACAACGGAAAGAACCCAGCCAAUAACCCAAAACCAGGAGUUUCCAUACUAUGAUUACUUUAUCUUGGCUGCGAUCAAUACUCCUAACGAGAAAAUGAAAGCACCUGCAUGCACCUGUUCCGAUUUUAUUUAGUGCAGUACUGACUUAUGCACUUAUCAAUUGAAACCCCGACCCCCCCCACCCCGGGCCAAGGUGGGGAUUUGACUUGACAUCAUUACAAAUCUUAGCAAACUCCCACCCUACUGGGGCAUAUUGACUGGUAAAACCCCCACCCAGGUGGGGAAACCUUUUUAAUUCCCUGACUGACUUUAUUAAUAUUUCGUUCGAAUUUUCAACUUCUUAAUAUUGACAAAUUUACUACAGCAAAAAGGCAAAUAUGAUAACAGACCAAGAUAUAAAUACAACAAAUAUUUGACAAUAAGUAAACAUAAUGACCCCUACCCACUUAUAAAAAAGUCAGGGUACAAAAUGGAUGAUGGAGUAGCACAUUGCUAUAAAGUUAUAUUAAAAGGAAAUCUGUACCAUCUCCAUUGAAAGUAAUAUCUGCAAUGAUAUGUUUAAUUGAAAAUGGCAGCCAACAUACCUUAACCUUCACAAGCUGAUGUUAUAAAUAGACUGCAUAAAAUAGUUCCUAGGAGCUAUAUUUUAUAUUUUGGCUUAAAGAAUGAGGAAAUAUAGAACUUCAGAAACCACAUGGGUUUAACACUAGACGUUAAACGAGCUGUGUCAUGAAAUUUACCAAAAUGUAGGCUGUGGGAACUGCCACCAAAUUGAGUGAAACAUAAAAAUAACCGCUUAAGACAUUAAAAGAUGGUAUAAAUGACUCAGCAAAUACAAAAGAAGGUACAGAUGGGAAAACAUGAAGAAGAUUAAAACGGAUUGAAAUUUUGGUUUUUGAAAACUUGUUAACCUAACAGUUUUUCAAAGUUCAUUGUUUUCGUCCGUAACGCUUGAUAUGCUUGGGAGAAACAUCUGUUUAAAACGAAGCUUUGAUUUCUUCAUUUCUUUGCCAACGUAACGCUCAAAAGCGAAUAGGGACCACGUAACUGGCAAUAUUAACAAAAUGAACCAGAUAGCCGUGACACAGCACCUUUUAUAAUAAGUAGAGGAGUUUGUAUCUGCAUUGUUUGAGAAGUUUUGAAUAACAAUAACAAUUUCCAGUCAACGAACCAUGAAAGCUCAAGGCAAAAUCGCAAAGGAUUAGUCUCAGUGAAGAAAUGAAAGGAAAACAAUUAGGAAACUUACGGCCGAGCAAUACAUCAAAAUACCAGUGAUCACGUGAAGAAAUUACCGUGAGGAAACUAGGCACGAGUCAAAUCCCCACCUCGCUCCCCGACUUCCAUGGACUUCCAUGAAUAUGCUAAGCAAAUCCUGAGAAAUCCCCCACCCCCACGGGCUAACCAUGCCUUCAAAUACCAUAAAAAUCCCCCACAUUGCCCCACAUAGGCCCGGGGUGGGGGGGGGUCGGGGUUUCAAUUGAUAAGUGCAUUAUGCAUAUAUAUCACACAAUAAUUACACUUUGACAAAAAGUGAGUCCAAUGGGGUCAGCGGUCAGCGAUGAUGAUGGCUGCGUCUUUUGAAGCUGGCUAGUUUAGUGUUAUUUAUUGCCUUUUAUGUGUUUUGAAAUAAUUUAGUUUUUCGUGUAAGAGUUCCUGUUCAAAAACGCACUUAAAAAAUAUUAUCUUGCUUAAUAUUGACUUAUGUGCGUGUGUAUGUGUGUAUGCGUGUGUGUUUGUGAGCCAUAAUAGAAUAAUAAAAGUCAAUCUUGGUAAAGGGCCGUAAUCAGUUUUACUAUCACGUGCCCUUCUCCAUUCUAAUUUUUUUCUUUUUUUUUCUUAUGUACACGUAGUUUAAACAACCUUGUACUAAUUAUUAUUGUACCACUAAACAACUAUAGGAUGGAGUAAAAAUUAAAUACAAAUUCAAAUACAAGCGAGACAGCAAUUUCUCUAAACAGACUAUUUAUUGAUUACUAUAUCUAUUUCAAAGAUAUUCUCUUCUUUUAAAAGGAGGACAUAUGAGGAGGUAUGCUAUCAUUGGAAAUUUUGGUUCUCUGUGCAAGUUUUUCCCGAGUAUAUUUUAUUAUUAAUGAAGUAGGAAAGCUUUAGUUGAAUUAUUUGUGACGAUCAGGGCAAAAUAUGUUAACGUUUUUUUUUCUUUGACGCGCUUUUACGAUCUAUUUUCAACACACACUACGGGAGGUUUCGAGUUUAGUUCUGGAUAAGGACCGGCUUUGCCUCGUAGUUAGUUAAUUACUCAUCCAUUAAAAAAAUAACUGCGGAAAAAUUAUUAAAUGAUUUAUUAUUCAUGUUUAAAAAAAGAAAAGAAAAAGAAAAACAGAAAACACAAACAAAAACAAAAAAGAUC